AUGACAAGUAAAUAAUUAAAUGAUUUUUCCACUAAAUUGAAACCAUAUAAUUUUUGGAUUGAAUCUUAAUACUCAUACGAUGUUAUUUUCUAAUUUGUAUAUUCUUGUUUUUUAAAGACUAGAAUGUCAUACGGUACGACAACGUUAAAAGUGGAAGGCAAUCUCACUGACAUCACAAAGGACCAGUUAAAAUUAUGUUUCCAGAAUCGUAGAGCUCAAGGUGGCGGACCAGUCGAUGAUAUUAAGAUAGCAGCAGAUAAGAAAAGUGCUGUUAUUGUUUUCAAAGAAACUUCAGCGGUUGAUCUCAUAAUAAACCGAAGAAAGCCUGUUACCAUUGCUAGCAUAUCUCUUCAAGUAAGUCCAUUUUACGAUGAAAACGGUGAAGACAGUUCGGAUUCUCAGAUGGAUAGCAUUGAGACAACGGUUCCUCCAGAAAUAAAGUCAAAGAUAAAAAUGCCAGCAAAAAAUAUUUCUGCAGAAGUUAAAUUAAAAUCUACCACUCCAAGCAAGAAAUCAAACUCAUUGAAAGUCAAAGGCAUUCCAAAAGGAGUCACGAAAGAGUCUCUAGCGGCCAUCUUUAAAAAGGAAAGAAGGGACUGUGUCAGAUCAAUCGAAGCCAUAAACAUUUCGGAAGACAGAAGCAGUGCAAUAGUCGUUUUUAAAGAUACUGAAGCUGUCGAUUUCAUAUUGAGUAAAGGGAACACUGUCUCACACUCAGGCGCUUUACUUCAAAUGAAGCCAUAUUAUACAAAGACAAAACUAACGGAUCCCAAAUACAGAUAUACAGAUGAAGCUGCAGUAGGGCCAGAUUUACGGAACGCACAAGAUAAAAGAAAACUAAAGGCAGAGAACAUCGCUGUUGAAUCGCAAAAUAAAAAUCAGCGUAAAAACGAAAAGGAUGAAGCAUAUAAUUUCAAUACAAAUCAAAAAGAGUUCCCACCAACAGCUAAAAAGGUGGAAAAAGGAAAAUACCCAAAAGAUAUUUUGAGAAGUGCUAAAAUCGAUUUGCACCUUGACGAAGAAGAAUCAGAUUUAAGUCCGUGUAACUGUACAGUGAAAAUCAGACUUGGUAGCAUCAAAGAAAGUAAAGACGUUUAUAUUUUUUAUUUGGAAGAUCCUGCUGUCAACACUGGUGAAUUUAUUGAGGACAGUAUGAUGCUUGAUGGGAUAAACAAAGUGGUUUAUGUGACAUUUUGUUCACCUCAAGAAGCUAGAGACUUUUGUGAACUCCCACACACGGAGAGCGACAUGGAUAUCUUAAACGUUGAAAUGGCAACCGAGGAAGAUUUUCGAACAUAUCCUAAUUACAUUUUUCUUCGUGGGAAAUUAAAUGGCGCUGACGAGCUAGCCGACUUCAUUCAUGAAAACUUUGAUCUUGAAAUAUUAGACAUACUUCACGAGGACGACUCUGACUCCUACAUUGUAAUCUUUGAUCCGGAAACCUGUACAGAUAUUACACCAUUAACAUGGGAGUUAACUUCUCUUAGUGGUAAUAAAAUGAUUACGGCACCUGUUACCAUUCAAAAUUGUGUUUUAUUAUCUGGCUUAACAACAAGUAUCUCCAGUCAAACAUUGCAACGCUAUUUGGAAAAUAAGAGACGAAGUGGUGGAGGAAAAGUGAAGUCUUUGGAACGGAUGAGUGAUGAACAAGCAAUAAUUUGUUUUGAAGAUGAAGUAGAUUUAGAUGUUUUGCUUUCAAAAGAUCAUAAAAUCGAAAAUUCAGAGCUUAGUCUUCGAAGGUAUUUUCCUUGUUUGUCUGAAAACUAUAUGAAUAAGGAAGACACUGAAAAUGAAAUGACAACAGCUGAACAUACUCCAUCUAGAUCAAUUCAUAAGGAGAAGAAUCCUGGGCAUCAUAGCAAAAUGAACACUACAUAUAGUAGGUUAUUAAAAGAAGACUGUGUCCAACAAGAGAAAGAGUGCAAUAAAUUGUUUCUUUCAGGAAAAAGUUAUGGAAAAACAGUUUCAUGUGGAGAUAUUUCUAAACUAAAGACAAAGAAAAAAACGUUUCAACUCAAAGAAGAGGUCUCCUUAGAAAGAUUUGAAAUCAUAUUGCUUGAGAAAUGUAAAUUUUUUGAUCAAAUUAAUGACAGGCAUAAGGAAAUUAAUCUAAACUUGGACUAUAAUGCUAACAAGGUCAUUCUCAAUGGAGAUGAUAAAAGACAAUUAGAGGAUAUCCAUCGUGGGAUUUUAAGCAAAUGCAGACAAGAUGUGGACUUCUGUAAACUAGAUAAUAUGACAGCAGAUCAAAUCAAGUUUCUUAAGAAAGACAAUGCUCAAAAGAAAGUUGAUUCAAUGCUAGAUAAUUGCUAUAUGCAGUGUAAUGAGAUUGGUGUGAAACUGUACUAUUUAAAGUCUGAAUCUCUAAACAUCAAAGAUGCAGAAAAGAUCAUUAGAUCACAAGCUGAAGUUCACACAAAACCAAUGAACCAAGAUAUGCUAAAUAUGCUUCAAUCUUCUGAUGGCUCAAGAUUUAUGUCCAGUUUAAUUGAUGACAACAGUAGUUUCAGUACAAUAAUAAAAUUAGAUUCUCAAAGCAAAACACUCUCAAUCAUUGCUUCAGGGGACCAGUUAUAUCAAGUCGUUCAAGAAAUUGAGACUUACUUGAAUACAAACAAAUUACAUAAAGUUGAAAUUCACCUUUCGGAAGGGAAACACAGAUUUCUUAAAAAAUUCCUAAUGGAUGACUUCAGUACAUUUAAAUCUUCUAUAGGAAAUGAUGCUUUGAUUGAGUUCACCUCAGAUAAGUGUGUUAUCAGGGGAGUGAAAGAUGUUGUAGAGCGCUGUGAAGGUUUCAUCAAAAAUAUAUUGGCAAAAAUAGUUGGAAAUAAUGUCACGCUAAAGUUUUUUGGUAUCAAAGAAUUUCUCCAUGAUUCAGAAGGCAAGACUUUGAUAAAAAGCAUUGAAGAAGAACACAGGUGUAUUAUUCUGUUCAAGUCAGAUGCCAAUAAAACUUCCAAACCAAAAGUAGCAGUGAAAACUCCAACACUCAUUGCAAAAUGCUCCAUAAAUGGUGUCAACAUAAGUUUUUUUCAAGGAAAUAUAUUGGAACUUAAUGUAGAUGUUCUGGUCAAUCCAUUAGAUCCUUCUCAGCAGUUUGUAAGUGCUAUGAGCAAAGAGCUUAUUCAGCUAGGAGGUCAGAAUAUAAAGAUAGACUUUAUGAGGUCCUGCACAUCUUCUUCUGUUGGCUCAGUCACUGAAACAUCAAGUGGCUCUUUGUCCAAUAUAAAUAGUAUACUCCAUCUUGUGUGUCCUGUCUAUUGUGAUGAUCAAAAAGUGAAGGAAUUAGAAUUGACAGUGAGAGCUUGUCUUCAUUAUGCGGCUAAUAAAAAUUAUUCCUCAAUAAGUUUACCUGCAGUUGGCUUUGGAAAAAUCUUAAAGUUCUCUUUGACUUCUGUAUGUAAAAAUAUGGUAAAUGUGGUCAAAGACUUCAUAGAAACUGGAAGAAACAGUUUCAGAGAGAUCUAUUUCUGUGAUAUGAAAGCUGCUAGCAUCAGAACAAUGAUGGAAAGUUUUGAAAACAAAUUUAAUGAUAUUCAGUUUGAAACUGAAACUAUGCUAGCUGAUAAAAGAGAUUUUAAGUUUAACAGUCAGUCACCGCACAAGUCUUUGUCUAAAAAAGGUUGGGAUUUCAAAAGCAUAAAAGUUAAUGUUGCGCUUGGUGAAAUAAAUAAACAAGAUACUGAUAUCAUUGUCAUCACUGUUGACAAGUCUUUGGAGUUAACAAAAGGCAGACUAUCCAAAAUAAUCUUGGAUGAAGCAGGAGAUAGAAUACAAGAAGAAUUAAGAAAUAAAUAUAGCAAUGGAAUCAAAGCUGGUGACUUUGCUAUGUCAAGUGGAGGCAACUUACCAUGUCAACAUAUUUUCUAUGCAUGUCUUUCACGUAACAGAGGAGAUAAUGGGCAGAUGGAAGAUUUAGUCUACAAAUUGUUGGAACAAGCUAUCAAGCUGCAAGCCACUUCUAUUUCUAUUCCAGCUUUAGGUACAGGGAAUCUGGGUUACUCUUCAGAUAAUUCAGCCCAAGUCAUUAUUGAAACUAUUGAGAAGUUUGCUUCAAGGAAUUCCUCUUCUGAUUUAAAAGUUAAUAUUGUUGUUCUUCCAAAAGAUCAAGAAAUUGCUAAAUCUUUCAACAAAAUUUUAUCUGCUGAAGGAAUAAUGGUCACUGGAGAAAGAGGAGCCCCUGGAGAAAGAGGAGCCACUGGAGGAAGAGGAGCCACUGGAGGACACAAUGAUAAAGAAAGAGAGACAAACAGCAAAAAAAAUUUCAGCGGCAUCAUAAAGUAUGGAAGUGUUAGUCUUAAGAUUAAAAAAGGGGACAUCACCAAAGAAAGAAAGACUGAUGUGAUUGUAAAUGGUAUCAAAGAUUCCAUGGAUCUCUCACACUCAGGCAAGGUUUGCAAGACAUUACUAAAUAUAUGUGGACAAGAACUGCAAGAUGAAUGUCUUUCAAAACAAAAUGAAAUGAGGUCAUGUGGUGUAGUUGUAACUUCAGCACCCAAGCUACAGUGCAAAAAUAUCAUACACAUCAGCCUAGAUCAGUUUUCCAGAUGUUUGGAUAAAGGUGUUACCAAAGUUCUGUUGGAGGCAGACAAGAUUGGUGCUUCAACUUUGUCAAUGCCAGUUUUGGGUGCAGGUGCACAUCAUGCGAAUGUUGAAGGCAUAAAAAAAUCCAUCCUUGGUGCCAUUGAACAGUUUGGUAACUCCAGAGCAAAAAAGUUAACUAAGAUAAAGCUUGUUAUAUUUGACCCAAACGUACUAAGCAUCUUUAUGUCACAUUUGGCUGCAAAUGAUCAUUUUUCUCCAAGUGAUUCAAAAGCUAAAGGAUCACACAAUGAUGAAUCCAAAAAAGUGGAGCUUAAAAUGUAUUCAGAUGAUGAAACUGAAAGAAGCUUAGCAGAAAAGGAGCUUAUCAGAAAAUGCAAGUUAGCAUAUGAAGAAAAAAAGGAAAAAAUAGAUAAUUUACAGCGACUAACCCCUCAACAGAUUAAGGAUGUAGUAACUCUAGGCCUUCAGAGCAGAAUAAAAGUCAAAAUACAAGAACAAGAAUUGAUAAUGAAAGGAUUCAAAUCUGAAGGACCGUAUAAAGUUUUAAAAAAGGUGAACAAAUUAGUUUUUGAAGCAGUUCAACAUCAUCACAGGUCACUGAUGCAGGCAAUACCCUCAUCCAUAGAGUGGCAGUAUAAACAGGGAGAUAGGUGGCGCAACUUUGACUCUACAAUGAACAUUGAAAUUGAAAAAGCCAGUAAAACGAAAGCCAGUAGGUUUGAAAUGAAGGAUGCCAAAGGGAGAAAAAUUGAAAUUGAUUUUGAAGGGAUGAAGGAAAGUUUUCUUGAUGAACAUGGAAGGAAAUCUACAUUUUUCAUCAGACGUUAUGACAAAUCACAAUCUGGUGAGCCAUUGCCUAAAAAAUGGGAUAAAAUGGGUCCUACAGAAAAUUUAAAGAUUGUUAAAGUACACCCUAAAAGUCCUGAGUACCAUAAAAUAGAACAAUUUUUUACAACAAAAGGAGCAAAUUUUCCAGUCAAAAAGAUUGCUCGGAUUCAAAACAAAACUCUAUACCAGCAAUACUCUGUUAAAAAGAGAGAUAUAGAAUUAAACAAUCCUAAAGGUCAUCAGAAUGAACAAAGACUAUUUCAUGGGACAGCUUCGAAGCCUAUUCCCCAAAUUAAUGAAAAUGGAUUUAAUAGAAGUUACUGUGGUGUGAAUGGAACCGUCUUUGGUAGUGGUGUCUAUUUUGCUGCAAAGUCAUCUUAUUCAGAAAAUUUUGCUGUUCCAGAUUUUCAUGGCAACAGACAUAUGUAUGUAGCUAGAGUCUUAACUGGUGAAAACAUCAGGACUGAUUCCAGUACACUUCAUCUUCCAAACAAACCCAGAAGUGUUAGGCCCUAUGACUCUGGUGGGGAUCCCUCUCAGGGGAUCUAUGUUAUAUUUCAUGAUGCUCAGGUCUAUCCUGAGUACUUGAUCACAUUUUAAAAACUGUCUUCUGGCAUCUUGAGAAGCCAAAAACUUUAGAACCAUGACAACAUUUUAGUAAAAAAAAUAAAGAUAUUCUCUUUUUUUUUUUAAAUAAGAUAAAUUUAGUUCAAUAAAUAAAUUAUAUUUCUGUUUAUAAUUUUAAAAAAUCUAUACAAAUUAUUACUUUUUAUUGUAAUGUAUCUUUUGCCUUGUAUUUUUUCUUUGUAAGCUUUUGAUUUAUUUUAUUUCAUUAAUAUUAUAAAACUUUUCCUAUUUAUUAAGAAUUGAGUUUCUGCAUCACUGUUUGGUGUAUACAAUUCUGUUAUGUUGAAUUACUACUUUCUCAGAUUUUUUUUGGAAUGCAAUUAUUUCUCUAUUUAUCUAUUUCCAUAUAUAUAUCUAGGAAUAUAUCUAUAAAUAUAUAUAUAUAUAUAUAUAUAUAUUUAUGAUCUUUUCAUCAUCUGUCUUAUAGCUCUCAAUAUCUGAAAGUGGUACUUUAUUUUUCCUUAUAUACAUAAUAAUUGGGGUUGUGGAGCCAGAGUAGUAAAACAAAUAAAAAAUAAAAUAAAUUUGUUUUGCAAUAUGAAAUGAUUUUUUUUAAAGAUCUAUAUCUAGAUAAAGCUUUGAAGAGCUGAAGGAUAGUGAUAUAGUGUAUGUAGAAUUAUUUUUUGUCAAAUGCAUGGGCCAAGGUAUACGUGAGGGAAACUGCUAUGUGAUGAGUUUUUACAUUAGUUAGAUGACCAAAAAAAAAAAAGUCAAAGUAAACCCCCAACCAUUUCAAGGAGGUAAAGUAUAGGCCUAAGUAACAGGAAAUGUUAGAAUAUACAGACCAAGAGUAGGUGUAGGAAAGUAGACCUGUUAGGCCAAACUUUUUUCCUUUGCUUUUUUUUUUUUUUUUUUUCAUGUAAUAUUGAAUUGCCCAUAAAGAAUAAAGCGACUAUAUGUCUUUGCACCCUUUUAGAGAAACAUAAACUAAAGAACUUAAGUUAUUGAUCAAAUCUUCAGGGUUUUUUGCUGUCAUAGUUGGCAGGGCAUGAAUGAGGUGAAAGGGCGUGAGCUCAUGUUGGAAUAUUAAAAUGUUUUUAGGGCAUGUCAGAAUGCUGUGAUAAACUUGAAAUUGGUAUAUAGCUUAUACAAAGCUUCUUUAAAAUUACUACAUUACAAGGGUGUUGCAUGAGCAUUGAAGAUACAAAUACUCUAAGAGGCUGAAAAAAUAUAGAGGUAAAGGUUAUGGCAAGUUAUUCAUACAUGUUAAUUAAUUACAUGGUAUCAAAAGAACAUAAAAUAUUUAUAGAAUCAACAACAAAAAUCUUAAUGACAGAAAAAAGACACAAGGUAUUUUGUCACAUUUGGUCUGCUCUUUUUUUUUUUACUCUAAAACAUGUGUAGGUGAUUUUUAUAGGAAGUCAGUAUUUUUCCAUUAUGAUGUUACAAUGUUGUGCUAUCUGAGCUUACUGAUAUGUAAUAAGAUAUAUUUAAGUUAGCAUAAGUCUUAUAUACCUUGAGUUUUACGCAUGACUACCAAAGCUUGUUUUGUUCUAAAAAAAAAUAAAUUAUUGGUGUAGGAAUCUUCCAAGCAAACUCCACUGCCAAAAUGCUUAAAAUAUUUGCUACUUCUUAGCAUUAAAAAUCUAUUAUGCACAUUUUAUGUUGCUGUUUUUUUCUUAGGUAUUUAUAAAUGAAUAGAUCUCUUUUUGUGACUUGUUAUAUUUACAGUUUAGAAUUUGUUUUUUAGCAUUUAAGUGUAAAGUUAAUACUAGAUAAUAUGCGCAGACUUCCCAUUAUUGUAUUACACUGAAGCAUAUUGAUUAAUAUGAUAAAUUAACAUGUUUUUUCUACGAUCAUUACAAUAAAAUGUUUUAUCAGCCUUUAAAUCAAUGUAUAA